GCAGCAUCCCAGUUGAUGCCCCCGACAUCCAGCUCCUGCCAGGACGACGAACGAACGGAGGAGAGAAUCGUCCGCUCAGUUCCAACACAGAGCGAGCAGUGGGAGGAGUCAGUCGGGUGAGAUAGUGAUGCUCCAGGCAGGUGCCAACAAGUGAGAGGUAGCCCCAGAGUGUCAGACCGAGGGAUGGAGAAGAGUCUGUGAGAGCAGAAGACACCCAGAGCUCCGAGAGAAGACAACAGUUUGUGUGUUUCCAGUUUUCCUGCACCAGUCGUUCCUUCAUCUCUGCUGCCAUGCUGUGUCCUGUGCUGCUCUGUGCCGCUCUGCUCCUCCUGACACCCCUGGACAUCACAGAGGCUCGCGCUCUGCAUCCCUCCACUGACGCCGCGCAGUUCAUGGAGCAGUUUCUGGAACGCUACAAUGACCUUUUGACCCUGGACGACCUGGAGAACCUGUUAAACAGCCAACCAGAGGAGCAGUCCACCUUCUCCUCCGGGGUCAAAGCGGCCGAGUCCCCCAAAUGGGCCGACGCGCAAACGCAGCCCGAGACCCCCUGGCUGCGCCUGCUGAAGGGCGCCAUGGCCAAUCAGAAGCGUGCAGAGCCGGAGCGGUCACGGCGGGGAUGGAACCGGGGCUGCUUUGGGCUGAAGCUGGACCGGAUCGGGUCCAUGAGCGGACUGGGCUGUUAGUGGAGAGGAGGGAGAAAUAAAGACUGAUGACGUCCUUCUUAGAUUAUUCAUGUGUGAAUAACCUGCAGUGAGGGGUGUUCACAUGCCUGUAGACUACAUGUAGUGUGGUGUAACGGUGUCGCUAAUGUGGUUUCAUCCUGCCUAGAUCAGAUGCUUCACACCAUCCUGGCUGUUUAACCGAGCAGCUGUAGCCUAUUACGUUGUUUAAAUGUUCAAACUGAUGAUUAGAACAUGUGAGAUAUGUUUACAUCAAACCGUCAUCGCUGAUUGUCGCCUUGUUUUUCUAAGUAAAUUGGCACUUUGUGUGUUGUAGCCGUGUCUGUUGUACUGUUACUGUGAAGGUGUUUAGAGAUUCUGUGGCCAGAGGACUGUGUUUCCCAUCAGGUGUAAUGGACACGAUGGCGCCUGUGACUCCUGCUGAUCGUUUUCUGUUUACCUAUUAUUUGCAUGAAUAAAUGGAUUUGUCAUUUGC